GCGGGGCGCGGCGGCUCCUCCUCUCCGGGCCGGGGUUAGUUUCGGAGCGGAGCCUGGGCCACGGCAGCGACAGUGGGAACAAAGCGGAGAGCGGGCGGCGAGGUCGGGUCGAGAGCCUCUCGCAACAGGUCUCUCUGCCCGCCCGAAUCGGCGGCACUACAGGCCUCCUCAGGUCGCUGGUCUCCCGCUCCGGGCGGCGGGGCUGGCACCGUUCGCCCCCAUGCGGUUCGGCUCUAAGAUGAUGCCGAUGUUUCUGACUGUGUACCUCAGUAACAAUGAGCAGCACUUCACUGAGGUGCCAGUCACACCUGAAACAACCUGCAGAGAUGUGGUGGAGCUGUGCAAAGAGCCUGGUGAGAGCGAGUGCCACCUGGCUGAAGUAUGGUGUGGCUCAGAGCGUCCCAUAGCAGAUAAUGAACGAAUGCUGGAAAUUCUGCAGAACUUUGGGAUGCAGAGAAGUGAGGUUCGUUUCUUUCUUCGACAUGAAUGCUUUCCCUGCCAGGAAGCAGGCACUGGACAAAGGUCUCAAGAUGCAGCCUUAGAAAGAAAUGAUGUGAAAGUGUCUGGUGAUCAAAGAAUAGAGAAUGGAGUCACUGCUCCAAGGAUGGAUAUGACACUGGCUGAACUUCAAGAAAUGGCAUCACGCCAGCAGCAACAAAUUGAGGCUCAACAGCUAAUGCUGGCUAACAAGGAACAGCGUCUGAAAUUCCUCAAACAACAGGAUCAGCGACAGCUGCAGCAAGCUGCUGAGCAAGAAAAACUGAAACGCCUGAAGGAAAUUGCUGAGAAUCAGGAAGCCAAACUUAAGAAAGUGAGAGCACUGAAAGGCCAUGUAGAGCAAAAGAGGCUCAGCAAUGGGAAACUGGUGGAAGAGAUUGAACAGAUAAGCAGCUUGUUCCAGCAAAAGCAGCGUGAGCUGGUCCUGGCAGUGUCAAAGGUAGAGGAACUCACCAGGCAACUGGAGAUGCUGAAGAACGGACGGAUUGAUGGUUACCAUGACAACCAGUCAGCUGUAGCUGAGCUUGACCGAUUGUACAAGGAGCUGCAGCUGAGGAACAAACUGAACCAGGAGCAGAAUGCCAAGCUGCAGCAACAGAGGGAGUGUUUGAACAAGCGUAACUCAGAGGUGGCAGUCAUGGACAAGCGUGUUAAUGAGCUGCGAGAGCGCCUGUGGAAGAAAAAGGCAGCUCUGCAACAGAAAGAGAAUUUACCAGUUUCUUCAGAUGGAAAUUUACUCCAGCCUGUGGUUUCUGCCCCAAGCAGAGUGGCAGCAGUUGGUCCUUAUAUCCAGUCCUCUACCAUUCCACGUAUUGCUUCCAGACCCGAACUUUUGGUGAAACCAGCAUUUUCAGAUGGAAUGCAAGCCUUCCAGAUAACUGAUGGUCCACUAAAAACACAGACUCUACCAAACAUGAGAACUGGGAGCAGUUCACAAGCUAAAGCUCCUGCAGGUUCUGUUGUUCCCAGUGCAAAACCUUCCUCAUCUGCCACUGACUGGAGUAGCUCCAAUGCAGACAAUCAUAUUAGUCAAGGAACAGCCUUGACUUCAGGAAAAGAAAUAGUGAAUAGUGAAGGACAAGCUGAAGGAGAAACUUUUUUACGAGAUAAAGAGAAGAAAGUGCGUCCAUUCUCAAUGUUUGAUUCUGUGGACCAGUCAGCUGGGCUCGGCACACUGAGGAAGAACCAGAGCAGUGAAGAUCUCCUGCGAGAUGCACAGACUGCCAAUAAAAAUGUCACAAAGGUACCACCACCUGUCCCCACUAAACCGAAACAGAUAAAUUUGCCUUAUUUUGGGCAAGCCAGUCAUCUCCAACCUUCUGAUACUAAGGUGGAUGGAAACCUGCAGAAGCAGCCUUUGACUGUUGUAACUAUGGGGAACAAACAAAAAACAGUGACACAGCAGCCUUCCCAUCCUUCCCAGCAGAUACAGCAAAGAAUUUCUGUGUUGCCUGCAGGUCCCUCCUCCAGCCAGGACCUAAUUCUUCCCUCUUCCAAACAGGAGAGUCCCCCAGCAGCAGCUGUGAGACCUUUUACCCCUCAGCCUCCCAAAGAGGCCUCACUCCCACCAUUUCGAAAGCCUCAAACUGUGGCUGCAAGUUCAAUUUAUAGCAUGUACACUCAGCAGCAGACUCCUGGGAAGAACUUCCAGCAGGCAGUGCAGAGUGCUUUGACGAGGGCACAGACUAGAGGACCUCACUUCCCAAGUGUGUAUGGCAAGCCUGUGAUGGCGGGAGCUGGUGUACAAAAUCAGCUGCUGCAGACAGAGAAUGUCUACUCAAAUCUCCAAGGCAAACCUGGAAGUCUGGAGCCUGAGAUGGAAACAACAGCCUCUGCUCAUGAGAACCAUGAAACUGAGCGAAUACCCCGUCCCCUCAGUCCAACCAAAUUGCUGCCUUUCUUAUCAAAUCCAUACCGCAACCAGAGUGAUGCUGAUCUGGAAGCACUAAGGAAAAAGCUCUCCAAUGCACCCAGACCACUGAAGAAACGUAGCUCCAUCACUGAGCCAGAAGGACCUAAUGGCCCCAAUAUCCAGAAGCUCUUGUAUCAGAGGACAACUCUGGCUGCAAUGGAGACUAUCUCAGCUCCAUCACAUUCCUCCAAACAGACAGCAUCCGCUGCCAGUCCUGAAAGCCGUACAGAAGUCCCAAAUCCUUAUCUAAGUGCAGAAUCAGAAAAAGAAACAGCUGCUUCUAUGGCAGAACCAAACAUGGCUGAGAAAGCAGAAAACACACCAGCAGAUCAGAGUGAAGCUGUUCUUCCUUCUAUAGCUUUGGACACUGUACCUGAGGCAGUAUCAGAUAGUGAUGAACUCACGCAGCCAAAAAUGGAAGAAACAAGCAGAGAAGCUUCACUGCCACUGGAGGUGUACAUGGAAGAAUAUCCUCCAUACCCACCACCUCCUUAUCCAUCAGGGGAACCAGAGAGUUUGGGAGAGGACUCAAUGAAUAUGAGGCCUCCUGAAGUUACUGGACAGUUUUCUUUGCCUCCUGGGAAGAGGACAAACCUGCGUAAAACUGGCUCUGAGAGGAUUGGGCAUGGAAUGAGAGUGAAAUUCAAUCCCCUUGCAUUGCUUCUGGAUUCAUCUCUGGAGGGGGAGUUUGACCUCGUGCAGAGAAUUAUUUAUGAGGUUGAAGAUCCCAGUAUGCCCAAUGAUGAGGGGAUUACGGCACUGCACAACGCUGUGUGUGCUGGGCACACGGAAAUUGUGAAGUUCCUGGUGCAGUUUGGUGUGAAUGUGAAUGCUGCAGAUAGUGAUGGAUGGACCCCAUUACACUGUGCAGCUUCUUGCAAUAAUGUGCAGGUGUGCAAGUUCCUGGUGGAGUCAGGAGCAGCUGUAUUUGCAAUGACCUACAGUGAUAUGCAGACAGCUGCAGACAAGUGCGAGGAGAUGGAGGAAGGUUACACACAGUGCUCCCAGUUCUUAUAUGGGGUCCAGGAGAAAAUGGGAAUAAUGAACAAAGGAGUGAUUUAUGGACUCUGGGAUUAUGAGGCUCAGAAUGACGAUGAGCUCUCAAUGAAAGAGGGAGACUGCAUGACAAUCCUGCGCCGAGAAGAUGCAGAUGAAAUUGAGUGGUGGUGGGCACGACUGAAUGACAAGGAAGGCUACGUUCCCCGCAACCUCCUGGGGCUGUAUCCAAGGAUUAAACCUAGACAAAGAAGCUUGGCAUGAAAUAGUACAGAAGCCAGACUCUUGAAGUACUAGUCAUGGAUACCUUGCAAAAAAAAAUUCAUUUUAUGUUUGUUCUAAUAUGAUGAGACCUACUUCAAUGACAAUGUAAUUUGAAAGCUAUGAAGAAUGUUCUUUGAAAACAAAUGAAGGAUUAAGGCAUUAGCAAAUGGAUGAGGGCAUUCUACAAGAUGAAAUAAUGCUUACAAGCAAAUGAAAUUCUGCUUUCUUUGGUCUAAGCAAGCCAUUAAGUUCAAAUUCCCACUAUGAGUUCUUGAAACAUGGCAGAAAAGAAUUCCAUUUUUCUGCAUUAAAUACAAGGACCUUUUCAACUUACUGCUGAAGGAAUCAUCAUGAAACAGACACUGUCACUUUGUCCAAGUUAAUCCUGAAGCUUUUCCCAGGUGGGGGAAAUUAAAAUAGUUUGCACAGCACCCAAAUGCUUAUUUCUGGAAGCAGAGCAUUUGUUAAAGAAGCUAAACUGAAGUGCAUUUGAACAGUGACAACCACAUGACCAAUCCAUUAAGCAAUAACUUCUAAAAAAUGUUGUAGCAUCUUAGGAAUUCCAUGUAUUAAAAAAAUUAUGUGCUGUAACAGUUUUAGAUUCUGCUUUUUAUGAAGACCCUCAUGUAUUUAUUGUAUUUUGUACUUUGGAAACUAAGUGUAGAAACUUUCUAUAGUCCUUGACAACUUACUUGUUUUCACUUGACUGUGAUACCAUUAAACUUUUGUCUCCUUCUAAGAUUUAAUUCUGCAUUUUAUUGUCAAGUUUUAAUUAUCUGAAAAUGCUAACAGUAAGACAGACUGCUGUUCCACAUUACACUAACAUUCAAAUACUUCCUGUAUUAAACUGAACCCUUCCUCCCUAGUUUGUUCAAGACUGUCUUUUUGCUUCUAAAAUUAAGCCAAAUCUGUUAGUUGCAUGUAACUUUUGUUAACCUUGGAAGCUAAGAGAAAAACUUGGUACAAGUAUUUUCCAAAUAAAGCCUUUUC